AUGUUGCAGGCGACUUUGGCCAUCUUAGAUAAACUGGACCUGGACUCAGAACGUCCAAGCGAUGAGGAAGUAGCGCGAAUGUUCGGCUACGAGGAGGCGUAUCACAGUGGAACCUUGACAACGUGGCAAAGAAUCAAACCGAAAGUUUGGGCCCUGUUCGACGAGCCGUACUCGUCCACAGCUGCAAAGGUUGUGGCCGGUAUAUCUGUGUUCUUCAUUUGCGUAUCGGUCCUCUCCUUUUGCCUGAAGACUCAUCCUGGAAUGCGCCUGAAAUGCGGUGGUUAUAGAUUUAGAAAUUCCACGGAUUUAAACUGCACCGAGCCGCUACCGUUAUUCGUAACCAUCGAGCACUUCUGUAAUGCCUGGUUCACCUUUGAAUUAACUGUUAGACUGAUUGUUGCACCCAACGUAAUACAAUUUAUGAAAUCGCCGGUGAACGUAAUAGAUUUUGUAGCAACGUUAAGUUUUUACGUAGAUAUGAGUUUAAACGUGGAUGGUAAAUCGGAACUAUUGGAGUUCUUUAGCAUAAUCAGAAUACUCAGACUGUUCAAGCUAACGCGACAUUCGCCUGGAUUGAAGAUACUAAUACACACCUUCAAGGCCUCCGCGAAGGAGCUCACGUUGCUCGUCUUCUUUCUCGUGCUGGGAAUUGUCGUUUUCGCUAGUCUAGUUUACUACGCCGAGAAAUUGCAGAACAACCCGCAUAAUAGCUUCAAGAGCAUACCUGAAGGACUAUGGUGGGCGAUAGUAACGAUGACAACGGUCGGAUACGGUGACAUGGCCCCGAAAACUUAUGAUUACCAAAUAAUCCUAUAA